CCCUUUGGAACUCAAGGAAGAUCAAGGAGGCUGAAUGAAGCCUAUUUCCUACAAAAAGAAACUAGGAACAUGGAAAGGAGUUGUACCAGGGAGGACUCCACAGGGUCCUGCUCUGCUUGAUUAAUAUGGACAGUAAACUAUGUCCAGGCUUUCCAGAGUGUUGGAUCUUCCACCAGAAAACUUGAUCAAAUCAAUAUCUGCAGUUCCAGUUUCCAGAAAAGAAGAAGUAGCUGAUUUUCAGCUUUCUGUGGAUUCUUUAUUGGAAAACAACAAUGACCAUUCAAAACCAGAUGUUCAAGUUCAAGCCAUGAGACUGGCAGAGAAGCUAAAAUGUGAUACAGUCGUGAGUGAAAUCAGCACGGGUCAAGGGACUGUAAAUUUCAAAAUAAACAGAGAACUAUUAACCAAGACAGUGCUGCAACAAGUGAUGGAAGAUGGUUCAAAAUAUGGAUUAAAAAGUGAACUUUUUUCUGGUCUUCCCCAGAAGAAGAUCAUAGUUGAAUUCAGUUCACCUAAUGUUGCCAAAAAAUUUCAUGUUGGACAUUUGCGUUCUACCAUCAUAGGAAAUUUUAUAGCAAAUCUCAAAGAAGCUUUAGGACAUCAAGUAACAAGAAUAAAUUAUCUUGGAGACUGGGGCAUGCAGUUUGGUCUUCUGGGAACUGGCUUCCAGCUGUUUGGCUAUGAAGAAAAACUCCAGUCCAAUCCCUUACAGCAUCUCUUUGAAGUUUAUGUACAAGUCAAUAAAGAAGCAGCAGAUGAUAAAAAUGUAGCCAAAUCAGCACAUGAAUUCUUCCAGCGACUGGAACUGGGUGACACGCAAGCCCUUGCGCUCUGGCAGAAGUUUCGGGACUUGAGCAUAGAGGAGUACACUCGGAUUUACAAGCGUCUAGGAAUACACUUUGAUGAAUAUUCAGGAGAAUCAUUUUAUCGUGAAAAAUCUCAAGAAGUCUUAAAGUUGCUGGACAGUAAAGGACUCCUACAGAAAACAGUAAAAGGCACAGCUGUAGUGGAUCUUUCAGGGAAUGGCGACCCGUCCUCUAUUUGUACUGUAAUGCGAAGCGAUGGGACUUCUCUCUACACAACCAGAGAUCUUGCAGCUGCUAUAGAUCGAAUGGACAAGUAUAAUUUUGAUAAAAUGAUUUAUGUGACAGAUAAAGGGCAAAAAAAGCAUUUUCAGCAAGUAUUCCAAAUGCUGCAGAUCAUGGGAUAUGACUGGGCGGAAAGGUGCCAGCAUGUGCCCUUUGGGGUAGUGCAGGGAAUGAAGACACGAAGAGGAGAUGUUACUUUUCUGGAGGAUGUUUUAAAUGAGAUUCGAUUAAGGAUGCUACAGAACAUGGCUUCCGUUAAGACUACCAAAGAAUUGGAGAACCCACAGGAGACAGCAGAGAGGGUCGGGCUCGCAGCCCUCAUUAUUCAGGACUUCAGAGGCUUACUGUUAUCCGACUACCAGUUCAGCUGGGAUCGUGUUUUCCAGAGUCGCGGGGACACAGGAGUCUUCCUGCAGUACACACACGCCCGCCUCCACAGUUUGGAAGAGACUUUUGGAUGUGGUUAUCUAAAUGACUUCAACACUGCUUGCUUACAAGAGCCACAGUCGGUUUCAAUUCUCCAGCAUCUUCUCAGGUUCGACGAGGUGCUUUAUAGGUCAUCUCAGGACCUUCAACCCAGGCACAUUGUCAGUUACCUUCUAACUCUGAGUCAUCUUGCAGCUGUGGCACACAAAACACUGCACAUCAAAAGCAGUCCUCCUGAAGUGGCGGGGGCCAGACUUCAUCUUUUCAAAGCUGUCCGCUGUGUCCUAGCCAACGGAAUGAAACUUCUUGGAAUAACACCUGAGCACAGGCAUAAGGAUUUGUUGAGCGUAAGAAUGGAUCAGAACUCCAAGUGAAAGUUCACCCAAAUCAGGUAAGAAAAAUAUGUAAAGGAGGACCUGCAAAUACCCAAUUCUGAAAUGGUAACUGGUUGGCUUUAUAUGGAGUAUCUACUACGUGCUAGGCACUGUUCUAAGCACCUCACCCGGAACAGCCCCAGGAGAUAGGUGGUAUCAGCAUCCCCGUUUUACAGAUGAAGAAACUAAGAUACCGGGUAAGUAAGCUCCCCAAGGCUGCACAGCUAAUAUAAUGGUACAGGGAAGAUUUGAACCAUACUAUCAAAUUUUUUUCUAGUAUUUCAACAAGGUUGGUAUCUUCUAUUUGCAUUUGUAACAAGAGUCAAUUUUAAAUGAAAUGUAAAUACAGGCCAGAUCUAUUUCUUUUACUCAGUGUCGGUAUUUGACAGAUUUUUCUCAUGUAUCAGUUUAUGGUAUAAUUGAUCAGUAAAGAAAAUUAUCACAGCAUAAAACCACUCUGAAAUGUUAAGUCAACAGCAUUACUUAGGUAAUUCAAAAGCCAGCUUAAUGAGGUGGAUAUGGCUAGGGAAAACUCUGCUAGAAGGACCAGCAUAGAGGUGGUGCCAGAAUGCCAGCCAAACUAAUUAAUGUGGGGUUAAUUAUAUAUGAAAUAAAACAAAGAUAUCUUUACAAAAGAAAAUUUAGAUUUGUAUUGUAGCUUCAAAACCAGUUCACGCCCAAGUCCAAAACAGGAAGGUAUAAACUAGGGGAAAUUAAAGAAGUUUUCUGUUCUUUCCUCAAAACACAAAGCCAAGUGUAUGCUAAUUCCACUGCUGAAAGUAGUCACUCCCUAAAGUCCUUAUGUUUAUUUCCUCGUGCACCUCAUCAUACUGCAUUCACCCCCGAAGCACUUAAGUUACCUUGUAUCUGAUACCUGGGAAACAGGGAGGCCUUGACUGCAAAACACUCCUGAGCAGCCCGCUCACUUUCACACAGAAGCGGCGCCCCUCAGCUUGAGCUCCGGGACCACUUAACCAACCUAAGAACUGCAGACGCACACUGCCCACAACUAUGAAGCGCUGCACUGGGAGAGUGACUGCAGCAGAACUGGGAACUUCGGUAACACUAUGACCAACUGGCCUAUUUAGUAAAAGGUAAAGUGAAGCAAGGAAGUGAGCUCUUCCAUGGUAAAAACUUACAGUACAGACUAAGACAUACUUAUCUGUAAUCCAAACAGCAUCACGGAAGCAACGGUAGACAGGACAAUGGCUGCUGCUGCAGAGAAGCCUUUCAUGAUGUUGUCUGUGUACUUGACCACAAUAGAAGUGUAGAGGCCUCCGA